UCUAGUUUAUGACUACUACCCCUCUUCUUCAGCCCAUAUUGUUGUCCCCCUAGAAAAUCCACACUUUGCUCCAAGAGACACAGACACAAAAAUCACAAACAACUUUUACGAGACAGACAUCACCAGCAACUCCUAGCCAUGGUGAAGUUCAGCAAGCAGACCCUGUCGGAUGGCACGCGUGUCAUCGUGCGCAACCGUGUGUAUCCUGACCGAGGUGCCGUCUUCAAGCUCUACUCAUUUAUUGAUGAUUGGGGGCAACACGGUUACUAUGGGAAGCUCAGCUACUCCAGGUGGAAACGCGCCCUCAAGAGCCAAUGCGGCUUCUCCCCUAGGCGCCAUCGUAUCAGAUGUAAACUCUCGUUGAACAAAGGCUCACAGGAGCUUAUCUAUGUUUCCUGUGAGAAGCAGUUUGUUGCUGCUAUUGAUACCCUGGCGAAGAACGGGGCUGAUCUAGAAUUCGAAAUUGUUCAUAAAUUUGAAUGGCUGCAUGAGAAGGUAGAUCUCUUCUCGAAUGCAGGCCGAAGGUCCUCGCGUGGAUCUGUCUAUUCUGAUGCUCGUGAGAAAUGCGAUCUUGAUUGAUCAUUGGACAGUGGUCCACUUCCUUGGUGUUAAGACAGACGGUGUUGGGAUUUGCUUCGGGGUUUCUAAGUUUAUGUUGUAUACCGGUCUGCGUUGUGGAGUUUCUAUCUUUGUGAGGUUGAGAAACUAUGCUUUAAUCGAAUGUUGUUCUAUCGCUUGAAAUUGUAUGAAUUGCUUCUCUUCGGAAAUGCACGACGGC